AACAAAUACAUUUUGAGAGAGAGAGAGAGAGAGAGAGAGAGAGAGAGAGAUGGGUUUGUAUCUGUUGCUUCAGCUCUUCUGCCUAGCAACGACAUUAGAUGCAAUAGCAUCACAACCUCUAGUCAAGCCCGGCUGCCCAGACAAAUGCGGGGAUGUUAGCAUUCCAUACCCGUUCGGCAUCGGCGAUAGCUGCAACAUUGGCGUAGGAGGCUUCAAUAUCACCUGCAACAACAUUCUUCCCAAUCCAAAACCGUUUUGGGGUGAUUUUGAGGUUCUCGAAAUAUCAUUACCGUCGGGCCUAAUGAGAAUUCCAAACGAUAUAAGCUACCAGUGCUACAACAACGCAGGAGUAUUACUCAACCACUCCACCACUAGUCUCAGCUUAUAUGAAGAUUACUCUUUCACAUUCUCAGAAACCCGUAACAGAUUCAUUGCCAUCGGUUGCGAUACUGUUGGUUUGAUCACUGACCAGAUUACUGGCCAAUGGGGCAGCGAUUUCACCAGGGGUUGUGUAUCAAUCUGCCGCCGCCCUGAUAACAUGACCGACAGCUCUUGCUCGGGUGCAGGAUGUUGCCAGACUGAGAUCCCAAAGGGUUUGAAGAGAUUCGCGGUGGAAUUUACUAGCUUCAAUCGUCAUAGAAAUGUCUCAAGUUUCAAUCCCUGCAGCUUCGCUUUUCUGGGGGAGGAAGAUGUGUUUAGAUUCAAACCUUUGGAUUUGGAAGAUACUAAACUUUUGGAAAGAAGCAGAAGUAUUCCGGUGGUGAUCGACUGGGUCAUUGGAAAUGAAGGGUGCGAGAUCGCACGGAAGAACUCGUCUACCUUCGCUUGCGUGAGUGAGAAUAGCGAUUGCUACAACUCGAUUACUGGUAUGGGUUACCUGUGCAAUUGCUCUAAAGGUUACGAGGGGAAUCCUUAUCUCACUGGAGGGUGCCAAGAUAUCAACGAGUGUGAGGAGGAUCACCAGAAGACACUUUGUCAACAUGAUUGCAUAAAUCUGCCAGGAAAUUAUUCAUGUUCCUGUCCAAAGGGUUACCAUGGACUCCACGAUGAUAAGAGAGAAUGCAUUAAAGACACAAAUGAAUUUCCAGUGGACCAUGUUGUUCUAGGUAUUGGCUUAAGUCUCUUAUUUCUACUCAUUGGUAGUCCUUCCUUGUAUUGGGUGUGGAGGAAAAGAAAGCUCAUCAAACUCAAAGAGAAAUUCUUUCAACAAAAUGGAGGUUUGCUAUUGCAAGAAAAGAUCUCUUCUUGUCAAUCAUCUACUGAGCCAUGCAAAAUCUAUACUACAGAAGAGUUGGAAAAGGCAACCAAAAACUAUGACAAAAACCAAAUUGUUGGUCAGGGAGGCUAUGGCACAGUUUACAAAGGAAUUUUACCAGACAAGAGAAUUGUUGCUGUUAAGAAGUCCAAAAUAGGGGAUGAGUCCCAAAUCGAGCAAUUUAUAAAUGAGAUCCACAUCUUAUCUCAGAUCAACCAUAGGAACAUUGUAAAGCUCGUGGGUUGCUGUUUAGAAGCAGAAGUUCCCAUCCUGGUUUAUGAAUUUAUUUCAAAUGGAACCCUUUCCCAGCAUAUCCAUGAUGAGGGCCGUGUGUCGUCAAUUUCCUUGGAAAAUCGUUUAAGGAUUGCUGCAGAAACUGCAGGGGCACUUUACUACUUACACUCGGCAGCUUCCACACCCAUUUUUCAUAGAGAUGUCAAGUCUGCCAAUAUACUUUUGGAUGAUAAUUUCACAGCGAAAGUAUCUGAUUUUGGAGCUUCAAGAUUGGUUCCGCUAGAUCACACUCGGAUAACGACAUUGGUGAUGGGGACAUGGGGAUAUUUAGACCCAGAGUACCAUCAAACAGGCCAAUUAACAGGAAAGAGUGAUGUUUAUAGUUUUGGUGUAGUUCUUGUGGAACUCUUAACGGGUGAGGGGCCCGUUUCUUCCACUAGAUCCCAAGUUAAUAGAAGCCUUUCUAGCUACUUCCUCUCAUCGAUGAAAGAGAAUCGGAUCUUUGAAAUUUUAGCGGAACAAGUUCAAGAAGAAGGGACAGAAGAACAGCUCAUUGCAGUUGCUCGGCUUGCUGAGAGAUGCUUGAAACUUAAGGGGGAAGAACGACCUACGAUGAAGGAAGUGGUGGUGGAGCUAGAGGGCUUAAGAAGGAUUCAUGAACAUCCUAGGGAACCAAAGAACCGUGAAGAGACUGAGAACUUGCUAGGUGAAACUGGAGCUUCGCAGGGCUACACUGGCAAUGUAUCAAAUGGAUAUAGUGUUGAUGGCCACACCCUAUCAGCACUAGAGAUAGGGCGUUGAUUCACUUCCAUUAAAAAGAUCUUACCACACUUAAUUUCUUUCCAAGGUAAAAUAGUGUUGUAUUGUGCUAAGGGAGAUAUGGUUCAUACACUACAAGUCAGUAAGCGUUUUCUACGACUCACGUUCACCUGUGGAUACAAGUUAUUAAUAUGUAGUAGAAGGUAUUCGCCUACGUCCACCCUAAUGUGGUGUGUUCAAGUAUAAAAUACGCAUGUAUAAGUUGCAUAUAUGUGCAAUUAUAUGGAUAGAGAUCCCCUACUUAUCUGUUGGUC